CACACAAUGGCAGCCACCAUGAAACAAAAAAAUUUCUUGGAAAACUUCCUACAAAAUGAACAAUUCUACAUAAAUGUGAUGUCCUACGUAAUUAUAGCGAUGGGCAUCUUGGUUAACUUCAUCCUGCACAAAAUACCCGCUCCUUAUGGCCGCUACAACGAUGGGAGCACCAAAUGGGGCUUCCAAAUAGAUGGAAAAGUUGGUUGGAUUUUGCAAGAACUUCCUGCUCUUCUUGUUCCUUUUGUAUGCUUGCUCAUUCAAUAUAAAAACCUCCCUUUUACAAAAUAUCUUGCCAAUUACGUCUUGCUGGCACUGUUCAUGUGCCAUUAUGUUCAAAGGUGUGUCAUCUUCCCUCUGCUCAUCCGGGGUGGAAAGCCAUCCCCUUUUGUAACAGUCUUCAUGGCAUUUAUUUACUGCAUGAUGAAUGGAUACAUCCAGGGUAGAACACUCACAAAAUAUGCUGAUUUUCCACCGGAAGAGGUCUACAGUCCAAGAUUUAUGGCAGGAUGUUUUUUCUUCCUGUGUGGUAUGUUGAUAAAUUUACACUCUGACCACCUCCUGCGAAAUCUGCGGAAACCUGGUGAAACUGGUUAUAAAAUCCCAAGGGGUGGAAUGUUUGAGUAUGUCUCGGGUGCAAACUUCUUUGGUGAGAUUGUCGAAUGGAUGGGCUUUGCCAUAGCCUGUUGGAACUUACCUGCCUUGUCUUUCUUUAUCUUUACAUUCUGCAAUCUUGUGCCAAGAGGAAUAGCACAUCAUAAGAGUUACCUCAAGAAGUUUGAGAACUACCCAAAAAAUAGAAAGGCGGUAAUUCCAUUCUUAUGCUGAUUGGUGCAGCCUUCUGGAGCUAAAGCAGUUAUAAUCGUUGAACUACUGUGCCCAAGUAACUAUUUGUGAUCGGGAUGGAAAUUUAUUUGGAUGUGAAGUAAUUUGAUUAUGGGACUUGAUCAGAAGAGAUUGGAAGUUGUUUGAUUGUCGGACUUUAAAAGAGAUUUAUUGAAUUAGGCUUUCCUUGACCCACUUCCUUGUCUAUUUCAACUCUUUUAGAAUAAUAUAGCCAUGGCAUCUGAGGAAAAUUACUAAUGAUGUGAACGGGGUAGUCCUCACAUACUUCAAAAAGUUUUGUUUCAGUUUGGGGAUUUGACGAUUUAAGUAUUUCAGGAAUUGUCAGUCAACUUUAAUAACUAAGUCUGAUAGAAAAAAAGGUUUCAAAAGGUUUCUAUAUUUGCUCUUUAGUUUGAUCUUAUCUUGCCUUUUGUAUGAUUGUUUUAAAACCCUUUGGAUCCUAGAACAUUUUUAUGUGUUUCCCUGUAUUACCCUGGAGCACUUCAGCAAUUUUCACUAAAAAAGACCCCCAAAGCACCCAUGUACAAGCCAGCUACAUAACUUCCAUAAUAUUUCAUCAAUAUCUCCCUAACCAGCUGAAAACCAGCCUAAGUUUUAUUGCUUAAAAAGAGAUGGGUAAGAUUAAAGAGAACGUCAGAGCUGCACUGCUCUUCAUUACUGCAUAUAACCAUAGUGAGCGAUUGAGAAACUUCUGAGUGGAUGUAUCAGGUACCGUGUGGCUAUUAUCGACCCCUUUAUGUUUGACUGACCAUUCCCGCCAAAAAAACUGCACUGGUCAAUGUAGGCCGCCAUUUACAUGGUAUGACGUCACAAGAUUGUUGGUCAGUUUUAUUUAUAUCGCUUGCUGGUGUCUUACGGGCAAACUGUUCCUUCUAAAAAAAUUACCCUUAGCUAAGGUACUGUGAGGUAUUUGUAAGGUAUUCUAAGGUAAACAUGGGAGUAAUUUGAACCGGGCCAAAUUACCCCUUCAUUUACCUUGGAAUACCCUACAAAUACCUCACAGUACCUCAGUCAAAGGUAACAUUUUUUUAGUAGGGGUAUUUUGAAUGAUUUUAAAUGCUUUCUACAGACUUUAAAUUGCACAAUUUUGCUGAUGGGUGUGUACUAUCUCACAGCAUCAACAAUGUUCAUGCUUGUACCAUGUCUUCAAGUUCAAUUUGCUGAAUCAUAAUCUGGGCUUAUUUCCCCCCAAAGAGAGGUCAGCAAACUUUGGAAUUGAUAUGAGUUGAUGCUCUAAGGCACUAUUUAUCCAAGCACUUGGGAUAGGAACGUAUUCAUUUGCCACUGAUCUCAGGUUGAUACUUAUCAUUUAUAAUGUUGUAAAAAUAAAAUUGUGAUUAUUAAAAUCUAGCUACUGUAUCUUUGUUUUUUGUCCCAAGCACCUGUGGUGCAAACUUUUCAACAUGUUCUCUGCCAGGCCACAGAUGGAUGCUCAUGAAAUUUUGAAUUGAUUUUGAUUUUGAAUGCAAAUUUGCAAAUGCAAAAAUGCAAAUGCAAACUUUGAAUGCAAAUUUGGAUUGAUAUGAGUUGAUGCUCUAAGGCACUAUUUAUCUAAGCACUUGGGAUAGGAACGUAGUAAUUUGCCACUGAUCUCAGGUUGAUACUUAUCAUUUAUAAUGUUGUAAUAAUAAAAUUGUGAUUAUUAAAAUCUA